AAUCAAUUAUGCCCUCAAAGAGUGAACAUGUUAUCUCUCUCAUCUGUUCUGCUCCUGGUCGUUCUCAGCCCUAGUGCUCGGGCUGCGAGCCACUGCACCAAGGCUGAUCAAUGUGUAUUAGGCGUCGAAUCUCAGGCCGCAGCUGCUCCUUCCGCCAAGGCACGCUACGAUCAUACGCGCAUAUAUAAUGUGGAGCUGGCCACAGUCACUCAAGUCGAGCUUUUCCAGGCGUUGGAGGAGGCUAGCGAUUCGUGCAGCUUUAUGGGGCACGCGCGAGUGCCUGGCCAGAAGCUAACUAUUAUGGUGACCGCUCCAAAAGUGGCCGACUUUGAUGAUCUUCUGCAUAGCUACAACGUGAGCCAUCGCAUAUUGAACUACAACUUUCAGGAGCUAAUAGACGCCAACUACCUUGAUGUAGCAGCAGAGAGCACGCCUGCGGAUCAGUUCGAUUGGAAGCGUUACUUUCAGCUGGACAACAUCUAUGACUGGCUAGAGAAGUUGGCACGUGAGCAACCUGAAGUAGUAAAGGUGCUGGACAUGGGUCUGAGCACUCAAGGUCUGCCCAUCAAGGGAGUAAAGAUUGCCUUUGGUGGCGAGAAUCUGACAAGUGUAUUCAUAGAGAGUGGAAUACAUGCACGCGAGUGGAUUGCACCUGCUACAGCCACCUAUUUUAUUGAUCAGCUGCUACACUCCAAUGACACCUUAGUGCAGGCCAUGGCUCGCUCUCAUAACUGGCUGAUCUUUCCGACGGUUAAUCCGGAUGGGUAUCACUAUAGCUUCACUGGGGAUCGGAUGUGGCGUAAGAACCGCCAGCUUUUUGGUAUAUGUCGCGGCGUCGAUCUGAAUCGCAAUUUUCCAUUGAGCUGGAACACAACGGGUGCCAGUGGCAAUCCCUGUAAAUAUGAUUACUCUGGCCCAGCUGCUGCCAGCGAGCUGGAAACUCAACGCAUUAUACAGUUUUUGGAAGGGCAUGUCGAACCGGAACGCAUUCGCACCUAUCUAUCUCUACACAGCUACUCGCAGCUCAUUAUGUUCCCAUAUGGUCACACGGCAGAGCGUGUGGAAAAUUAUGCAGACCUCAAGGCGAUCGGCCAAUUGGCAGCGGCGCGCAUAAAGGCACUCACUGGACGUGUUUAUAAGAGUGGCAGCAUACAUGAGACCAUCUACCCUUCAAGCGGUGGCUCAAAGGAUUGGGCUCAUAGUCACCUGAAGGUGCCGAUUACCUUUACUUUUGAGCUGCGCGGUCCAUCAGAUAGUGAUGACAUGUUCAUCUUGCCGGCCAAAGAGAUUGAGCCAACAGCUCGUGAGGCAUUCGCUGCGGUGCAAAGCAUUGUGGAGGAGGCGCGAAAUCGUGGGUAUUACCAGUAAAUGAGACAAAGCUCUUUUAUUAAUUUUGAUAAAUAAAGACAUGAUACA